AUGGGGCUUGUGGCCGGAGGGGCCGUGAUGGUGGUGUCGGCAUGGUGUGUGGUCCUCACAUCCCCGGUAAUGGUGGCUGGAGCCGGUCCAGGAAUUGGAGGAAGUGCCUCCAACCAGGUGGCGGAGUCGGUGGAUUGGCGUCUCAGUAUCGCUGCGUUUGCCACGGUGACGGUCGCUGCGCUGUCGGCGCUGGCUUCGCCGUCGGCGGCGCUGUCGGAGCUGGCAGUGGAAAUGGCUGAUUUGUACUGGAUCAUCGUCGUCGUCUGGAGCAGUGUGUUUGGCACGGUGCGCAACCGUACGGCGCUGGAUGAGCGCGUGUGUAAGGUGCGGCAGGAGACGUGGACAAUGCACAGCGCCGUGCAGAGUGGAUGGAGCGAUCGCCGUGGUCCUGCAGGUGGCCCGGGAUUCGGCCAAAUUUGUGUGGCGAUGGUUGCCAGCAGCCAUGAAGUGCAGGAAAACCACCCCUGCGUGGAUUCGGAUGCGCCAUGUGUGCAGCGCAAGCGUGUCCAAAUUUGCAUUCAUGGCCAACCAGCAGCCGUGAUGACUCUCGUCCGCGGAGCCCUUCUGGAGGCCGGAUGCCGUGGUGACGCCCAUGAGGAAGGAUCAGAGGAGCAACUAGGGGUGUCGCCCGGUGUCGCAAGCGUGUUUGUACACGCUUCAGGUACAACGACAAUGUCCACCACAGGAAUAUUGGACUUGCUGCGGCCGGAUUGCGGCGUCCCAAUAAUCGGCGCCUUGCUGCACCAAAGUGCGGAGUGACUGUGGCGGUGUGUGCAAUGUGCCGGCCGGCAUCAUCGUCGUUGUUGUGGUCGUCGUCAUCUGAGAUGGAUUGGACAUCGGUGAUGAUUUGGACGUCGUCGUCG